AUGUCUAACUUAAUUAAGUCUUUGCGUCACAGUGACGAAAGUGCCGUCAAAUAUUUGCAAGAUAUUAAAAGUUAUGUUUAUUAUCAAUUAAGUCUCUCCAAAGAAUUCGAUUAUAAUCGGGAUUAUUGGUAUGUAUGGGACGUGCCUGUUUAUAUUGAUUGUGUUUGCGAAGAUGAUGAGCAGUUAAGGGCGUGGGUGGAGUUAGAGUCGUUCGAGGAUGAGGAGGUCAAGCCUACUCCGGCAAACAAGGUGUCAAUCGAGGCGUUAGCGAGGUCGAUCAUCAAGAAUUACGAGUGUGCAAAUUGUGCUGUAUGUCUCGAAGAACUGAUAAAACUCUAUACAGAAUUAGACUAUGCUCGUAAUCAUCGGUAUUUAUGGAGCAUACCUAGUUUUACUGAUCGUGUUUGCGAUAAUGAUGAUGAUGAGGUGUUGAGGGCGUGGGUGGAGAGGGAGUCUUUCGAGGAGGCGGAGGUCAAGCAUACUCCGGCAAGCAAGGUGUCGAUCGAGGCGUUAGCGAGGUCAAUCAUCAAGAAUAACGACUGUACUACUUGUGCUAUCUGCCUUGAACAACUUUAUGGUAACAAGAAAGAGGGAGCGUUGAAGGUAACAAUGCCGUGUAAACACGAAUUUCACGAGGAUUGUAUCGUUGAAUGGCUUCAUACUAAUCAUCUUUGCCCUCUUUGCCGGUUUGAAUUACCAACGCAAAUUGCUGAUUAUUGA